AUGUUCCACAUCGUGAGCGCCUCGUCGCCAGUGCCCUCGGAAAUCUUCGCGCUCCUUGCGCUGCUCGUCAUAUCUGUCAUCGUCCUCCUCAUCCUGCGCCACUACCUACCCCUGCGAACAACACCGGCCUUCUACCUGGUGCCCAUCUUCUUCGCAUUAUGGCUUCCUGCGUGCAUGGUGCUGCUUGUGCCCAUCGACUUGGCCUCGAGUGCUAGGACCGACGACGAGGCCACGCGCGGAGUUUGGCUUCCACAGCGGCUGCUGUUGGUAUCGUGGAGAAUAACGUACUGGCUGACAUUUGCCUUGACAUGGUUUAUCCUUCCUAUUCUUGGUGAAUACUCCGACUCGGGCUAUCGCGAACCGAACGACAGUCUGAUGUACUCGCUUCGUCAGAAUGCCCAGUACCAUGCGAUCGUACUGGGAACCGCUGGCGUCGGACUUGCGUACCUCUCCAUCAGAUACAACCCAGGCUUCACUACGCUCAAGACAUCGUUCAUGGCACUCGCAUAUUUCUAUGGCUUGGUUUUCGCCAUUUACCUCAUGGGACACGGCUUGGUUGCGGUUCCUCGUCGAUUAUUCCGGUAUUCGUCCAUCAGCGGGAGGCUACGCAGACUGCAGGUUCGUGCGCCAAAACUGUACGAAAAAAUGGAGGACUCCCUACUGGACCUGGAGGAUAUUGAAUUGCUGGUAUCCGAGCUGGGCCGCCGCAAGACUGGCAGCGCCGUCAAGUUCAGCGAGUGGAUCGAUGAGUUGGUUGAAACCGCCAAUCUGCCCGAGUCGCAGCCCCGAACGGCUGUCGGAUCUGCCGACAGCCGCGCACUGCCGACGGUUAUCACAAAUAAGUUCAUGGCGGACUUGUCGAGGAGACUGAUGCGCGCCCGUCAUGCCAGGUCUCGUUAUGUGAACGACUGGAAUGAUUUGUUGAAGGAGGCGUCGGACACUCAGGCCAUCCUGGACUCAGCCGCCUCGAAGAAGCUCGAGUUUGGCGCGCCUUCUCCCCACGCCGCAUUCUGGGAUCGGUUCACCAUCCACACACCUUACACACGAUAUGUGUACUACUAUCACUUUGAGCCCUAUGCAUGCAUUGCUCUCGGGGCCUUCCUCGCAGUGGCGUCAGCUCUCAUCACCUGGUCGGAGCUGAUCAAGGCAGCCUUCCCCCAACUGUCUGUUAUCCGCCUGACGGUCGUUCACCACUGGGUGGGUGACAAGGGACAGGUUGGAUUUGCCGGGCAGCUUAUCUCGGUUCUUUGGCUUCUGUAUAUGUGUGCUGCAACCUUCAUUACCAUGACGGAAGUCAAGACGUGGCGGGGACGUGCGCUUGUUAGACGCAACACGGCUUACGAAUCGGCAUUCUGGUACUCUGGCCAAGUCGCCAAGCUGAGCGUCCCUCUGUCCUACAACUUCAUGACUUUCUUAUCCAGGGACAUCUACGUGAAGACGCGGUUCUAUGUCUUCCUCGGACAACUCAUCGACUUUACCGCGCUCGGCCGUGGGGCAGACUAUAUCUUCCCCAUCUGUGUACUACUUCCUGUCGCAGCCACUCUAUUUGGCCUGUACGGGAAGAUCAAGCGCAUGUUCGGCUUUGGCGGCGAAUUUAUCGACGACGACGAGAAUGGCGACGGAAGGGUCUUUGGAUCAGGCUCAUGGCGCGAGGGCAGAGAUCUUAUCGAGCGUGAGCUUGGGGGAAACUCUGCCUUGAGACGCCGCGAAGAGGCCUUUGCUAGGCUCGAAGCAGCUGGAAGGUCUGCUCCCGUUCUGACCAUUCCUGGCGGACGCACCGGUGCCGCGUCAUCCCCGGCACGCUCCCCUGUUCGUGCUACGCACAACCGUCAAACGGGACAGGCAUCGCGCACCAGGCCGUAUCGCGACGAGGAACCUGAAGAGGACCAGAACUUUUUUGAAUCGCUGGGUCAUCGCAUGAAGAACACGAUGGACACGUUUGAGCCCCCGCAAUGGUUCCAAGACAUCAAGAAGCCCAAGUGGCUCGGCGGCGAUGACGACGAGCCAGGCAGUAGCAGUGGUGGUGCUGCUGCUGCCACCGGUGGAGGUGGCGUCGAAUCCGACAUUCGACGCUGGUUUGGCGGCGAGGGCCGCGUUCGGCUGUGA